CAAAUUCCAUAAAAAACCAAUUCCAAUGCUUCGUUGAAUUUCGAUGGCUGAAGAAUCAUCAUCAUCGCCAUCGCCGCAAGCUCCUCCUCCUCCUCCUCCUCUGCAGUACGUGGAGGUGAAUUGCAAUAGCUCCGGCAAGACUCGGCGGUUCGCGACUGGAACCGAUGCAGGAUUCGCGGUGGCGGUCAUAAAUCGGAAAGGAGCAGUUCCGGUUGCUUCGCAUAUAGAAGCAAUGAAGGAUGGUGAAGAACCAAUCGCUUUUGGUCCCAAUUCGAUUCUUUCCAAUUUCGGUGAAGGUUGGAAGCUCCACACUGUCACCUUCUCAGAUCUCGUUUCUUCAGAAGAAGAGAGAAAGGAACAUGUUCGAAGGAUGGUAAUGCAGACACCAGGAAUAGUUUCGGGUGUCCCAGGUUCUGAAGGGUUCAAGCCAAUUAGCCUUGUAGAUAUUAAUUUUCAAGGGGCCUGUUCAAGAGUGUGUCAUGACGAAGAUGCCAAUUUGUGGGAACAGUCGUGGAUUCAAAAACUUGGAGGCUGUUUCAUCGGUGUGCAAUGUGGGCAUCAUUCCAAAGAUUUACAUGCCCAGAAAUUAUGACCCAAAGAGGAAUUCUCUGUUAAAUCAGCAUAUAUGGUAUAGUCCCCCCCAUCUCGCUUUUCUUAAAAGAAGUUAGAGAAAGCUUUUGAUGGCCAAUGUGAACCGAAGUCACAAUUUUCUUGUGGAGAUUAGAAUGACUCAUAAAUGUCUCCCAAAUUUUGGUGUUCUGGAUAUAGACACAACCGUGUCCUAUUUCAUGGAUUGGAAAAAAUGGAAUAAUAUCCUGAGGUGUUGACACAAGUGGAUAUAUUCUUAAUAGAUUUUAGGAAAAAAUUACUCUUAUGCAACAUAAGAGUAGUUUUAUAUCAAUCGAAAAUCGUGACACUUUUUUUUCUUUUCUUUUUUUAAAUGACGGGCCCACCACAUGUGUGUCUACAACAUGAGAGAUCUUAUCUCAUACAACAUGAGAUUAGACGAAGUCUAGAUUUUAAUGCCAAAACCACCAGAUUCAUUCCUUAAUCAGUUGCAUGUGGGGAAAAUUUAACUAUUUCUGCAAACGCUGCUGUAGAUUUGAUAUGAUAGCAUUACGAGAAGGAUUCCGCCAGCCAUUUUGAAUAGGAAGGAUUAAAAACAAUUACAAGUCCCAUCUCAAGGUGCAUCAGUCUUAUACAGGUAAGGAUAAACCAGUAAGAGAGUCAAGAAAGGAUAUCAGUUAAUAUGGCUAUCGAUGGAUGAGAUAAUUUCACGUAACACGGUUAUGUUAUUUGUGCUGAGAUUUUUGGUUGUCCCAAUUUCUCUUUUGCGACCAAGUAAGUUACAGAUCUGGGAGCAGGAAUCAUCCAAGUUUCUCAUCUUGGGUGAUCUGCUAUUGCUUCUCUUCUUUUUGCUAUGUUUGGUUGAUUCAGCAUAUGCUAUCGUGCUGGGUUUUUCUUCUCUCCAUUUGAAUGUCUUAAGUUGCUGAUCAAGGUUGAUGCAGUUUUGAGUUUCGUAUUAAAUAUGGAAGAAGAAGUUGCUUAGUGAAGAGAAAGUUUAGUAAUCUAUCUUUUACUAUUAGUGGGAUUGUUGUUUAAAGAUUAUGGAUACUUGUAAUGGAUCCUAUUUGUGUUACUGGGGGGUAUCAUACUGGAUUCUGUGCUUUAGAGACUUAGUUGGAAGUGCUAUUAGGAGGUGGUAUCAUACUCUGGAAAUAAUUUUGGGA